GUGCCCAGUCCCUCCCUCUGCUGCAAACAACACAUUAAAAUGUAUUCAUAUCCGGAUUUAAAAUGUUACAGUCAUUAUACUUAGUAACAGGCGAAACGUUUUAUCCUUUAGAGCGUGUUAAUCAGUGGAAACUGAGCGUGUAAGUCGCUUUGUGGGCGGUGAAAGCGCGGUUGAUGAUUAGAUUUACGGUGGAUCACGGCGGGGAGAGAGGAUGACUCACUCCGUCUGAUGUGAUGUUCACCCCGCAUCAGCUCGGCAGUGCGGUGGCACGCCGUUUUUCAUCAUAGCUCCUUAUAGGAGCACAGGAAAACAGUCAGACAAACUUUACAAACUAAAUAGGCCUAUAGGUCCAAACACACGAGGAAGCAGCUUUUAUUGCAAACUUGAGAGGGUACCACUUUGUUGAUGAGGAGGCGAGGGCGUCGUGAUUUACCGUAUAUUUCGUGACGCCUUAUUGCCAUGGAAACAGUGCUGCUGUACUGAGAGGAAACAAUCCGUAUUAACUUCAACAUCAGCCUUUACAAAGAGCUGGAAUAGACCUGUUGUACCUGUCACCAUUCAUCUUACGAGGCUUGUUUUGAAUUGGCUUUUAACGUCACAGCAGGAGAGGCAGAUGGAGCUUCAAACAGAAAAGCGUUUCCAGAACUUGACUCUUGAACAAAUUCAGGCUUUGGAUAAGGUCUUGACUGAGGUGAUUCCCAUUUAUGGAAGAGGAAAUUUCCCCACACUGCAGGUCCGAGCCAAAGAUAUAAUACGAGUGGUGAAGGACCGUCUGAUGGAGCGGGAUAUCCCUGUUAAAGAUAUACGUCUCAAUGGUGCUACAGCAAGCAAUGUUCUGGUAAGAGACAAUGGUUUGGGCUACAAAGAUUUAGAUAUCAUUUUUGGUUUGGAUUUGCCCAGACAGGAGGACUUCCAAGUGAUCAAGGAGGUGGUGCUGGGCAGUCUACGAGACCUUCUCCCUUGUGGUGUGAACCGGAGAAAGAUCACCUGUCUGACCAUGAAAGAGGCUUAUGUGCAAAAAAUGGUGAAAGUCUUCAAUGAACAUGACAGGUGGAGUCUAAUAUCUCUAUCAAACAACAGGGCCAAAACUGUUGGUCUGAGGUUUGUGAGCUCUCUUCGAAGACAUUUUGAGUUCAGUGUUGACUCCUUCCAGAUCAUUUUAGAUCGAAUGCUUGAGUCUUAUUGGGAAAGUGAAAGAAGACAGAAUGGACAAAUGACAGCAGCUGUUAAAAAUAUGUCUAAAAGUGUUAAUGAAAGUAAAGAACAAGAGGGAUAUACCUCUGCUCCAAAAAUUGCGUUAGAACAGAGAGACCAGGCCAAGUUGUCUAAUGAAGAAAAUCCCUGCAAAGGACAAACAAAGACAGAGGCUGACACCAAUAAAAGGGACUGCAAGAAGCAGGUCUUGGUGCCCGAAAACAAUGAUGUACAUUUGAGCUCUCCGUCGGAAGAAGUGACUGACAUAAGAGGUGGUAAUUCACAGGAGGACAUUGUGUUAUGCAAAGAAAAUGUUGAAGACAAAUGCCAAUUUCAUAAAGACUUCCCUUUAGCUUCUUCUAAAGCUCUGUUUGCAGAAGAUCUGCUGGUAACACAUUCAUGCUUAAAGCAGAGUAAUAAUGACCCCUGUGAAUCACUUUCCACUCAGACAAUGUCUUUAGAGCAACCAGCACAGACUGCCUCAAAGGAAAGAGAUCAUAAAGAAGAGAUUUCCCAGUUUAAAGUGAAGCCCGUUUUCCAGAGAACAGACGACACAAACACCACUUCAGGUGCAAGAGAUUCACAUCUUGAAUAUGCUUUUCCACCACCAGCUAAGAAAUCCUGCAGCACUUCACUGGAAAUUGUACCGCCAGACACUUGCCCUUCUCCUAAAUUACAGCGCAAAAUGUCCAGAAAAUUGAUCACUAAACAACAGCUACCUGAGAAGUGGUCUCUGCUGCCUGACCUGUCAGAUCUGACAACACAGCUUUUUCCUCCUAUUGAAAUACCAAAACCACUGCAACAAAAGCCUGCUUUGAUGGACAAUGUACAAAACUUAACUACAGAGACUUUAGAAGGUUCAGGCAAAACUCUCAUUGCCCCUGUAGAUAAAAAAGACACUGCUGUCCAUGAAAGGAGUGCAACAAGUGACUUAAGUGUGAAGCCCAAACAGUCAAAGAAGCCCCCAGAUUUAGAGACUUGUGUAAUCGACAUUCCGUCCCACUCAGAAUCACAGAAACCUGAGCCUUCAGAGGUGGUGCCAGGCAUCUUAGGGUCACCUAACCUGUGGACAGGGUCAUCUGUAGAAACCACCAUCACUGUGGAGGCAGAGUGCAUGUACGGGGACUUCCAACAGGCCCUGCACCACCUUCAAAACCGCCUCAUUGCAACCCACCACCCAGAGGAGAUCCGGGGAGGUGGGCUGCUCAAAUACAGUGACCUGUUGGUCCGAGACUUUCGUCCAGCCAGUGAUAUAGAGAUCAAAUCUUUGGAGCGUUACAUGUGCUCACGCUUUUUUAUAGACUUUCCAGAUGUGAGUGAACAACAGCGCAAGAUUGAAGCCUAUCUACAGUGCCACUACAUUGGCAGUGAUGAGGCAAGCAAAUAUGAUUAUCUGAUGACGUUACGGCGUGUGAUUGACGAGAGCACUGUGUGCUUAAUGGGCCAUGAGAGGCGACAGACUCUGAACAUGAUUACAGUCCUUGCCUUGAGGGUUUUGGGAGAACAAAACGCCAUCCCAAACACCGCAAAUGUCACCUGUUUCUACCAGCCCGCUCCAUACAUGACUGAGCCCAUGUACAACAGCUACUUCAUCAGCCAGGCCCAGCCGCCCCUCGUCUACCACCCCUACCCUUUACAUGUGCACCUGCAGUCUGGGCUGGUCUAGCAAUAGGGCAUCAGUAUGGCAUGUUGUGACUAUAGGCAUGGUGCACUGCAAAUGAGCACACAAAUGCACUUAAAGAGCAUUGUCUGAUGCUUUAAAAUACUGCAAGUCAUUGGAGAACAGAGAGUCAGUGGAGCAGGACAUACAUAUUUCGAAAAGGAGUAAUGGGUUCACAUUGUGAGACAGUUGAAGAGAAAUGAAAGCACAGGCGAGGAUCUGCUCUGUUGCAGCUAUGAGUCAUGUGAUUGCUCUUUAUGGCAAAACGUAUCUAAUAUAUCUGUUAAAUCUUAAAAUUAUGAGGUUUAAAUCAUGGUAUUUUAGUGGGUUUAUACCUGUGUAGUUGUUUUGUGAAACAAUGUUCUGACUUCAUUGUUAUGUGCAGUGGAUUUCAGUAUGUGACUUUAAAACUCCCUGUAUGGAGAUACAGAAACAUCGGCAAAUAUUUCCUGUGAUACUUCCAUAUUGUCAACACUGUAUUUGUAAAUGUGAAUUUACAGUAAAGGAGGGAGAGAAGGGUGCAAUACCAAAACAGUGAGUAUUGAAGGCUUCCACCGUCCUUGCUGGAUGUGGUUUUCCACAUAUUUAUGUCCCCACCUGUUCAAACAUGACAGGCUAUCCCCUUCCUUAAAGGACGAUGUUGUGUUAAUUAUUUGUUGUAGUUUGCAUAAAUGUACGUGCCAAAUUGUGUGUAUACAUAGAAUAAUGUGUUCACGUUUCUCAGUGUUGGUAUCUAGCUACAUAUAUUUAGUCAAGCACUUGAUAUGCAGUGUGAGGACUUGAGCACAAUGUAACUGCUGUUCUGUGUGACAUUAUAAAAGUUUGAAGUCAAGUAGCUUUAGUAUGUAAUAAUAAAGCCUUUUUGAUGUUAUCAAUCCUGAUCCUGUCCAAUAAAACAUGUCAAGUUGAUUGUGUUCUAUUUUGUCAGUGAAACAUUAAAAUCUAUAACCAGUC